AGCACUUUGACCCUUUCCGAACUGAAUCGCGUCAAGUUAGACUACAGUUCGAUCCACUAGUUGCAGACUUACUCCAUCUCGAGCUCAGUACUUCCUAACCUUCCGCGAUCACCAACCACGAUGGCGCAUUCAAGGGUGAUGUUAACGAAGGGCACUUUGCCAGCCGUUCAACUCGACCGACUUGGUGUAGCACACCCUUUCAUUCAGCAGCUUGAUAUCGUGUUCCCUGCUUCCGAUGAACUCGAGAAGGCGCUUGCAUCCCUGAAGCCCACAUAUUACAAAAGACGAUGUACACUAUCGGAGUUGCUAGAUUUUGCCUCCAAGAGUCAGGGCGGCAAUAUAACCGCACUACCAUCCACUUCCGAGUGCGUUGAUACAUGGUGCAUCGACCCCAGAGGCGUCCUCACCCUCUGCGUCUCAAAGUCACUGUAUGAACAACUUGGCUUAGUCGGGAAGAGACUCCCCUUCAAAGGGUGUCCAGAGCAAUUUGUCAUACGCAUACCGGUUAGGCAAGCAACCGAAUCUGUUUCUGUACGUGCAAGGCAGAAAGCAGCCCUAAAACUCUGGGACGAGAUCAGGGAAAACGGGCCUGGGAAAUGGGAAGUGAUUUAUUGUCUAGCAGACGUGCAGCCAGGUACCUCCGAGUCGCACGAGGUGGUGUCCGUUCAACAUCAAAUUUCUCGCUCCACCGACAUACUUGUCCCAGUUCCGACUCUCGCUCUCUUACCCCAAGAAAGCGCAGAGGAUUGGGAUGGACGUAUUGGCGACCUUUUCGAAUGGGUGGGCAUGGCUUGCUUAGGAUCUGAGAGACUCAAAGCGAAUGACCGUGUCAACCCUUACGUUGCCGUCUACGAAGUCCCCGCUCCAUCAUAUAUCGGUGACGUGACACGGAUAACAUGGGCGGCUUUCUUGCACGCAUCAUUCAUUAAAGACGUUCUGGAUAUGGUGACGUCAUAUUUGGUAUCUGCAACCGAUAACCACGCGUUCGUUGCAAUGACAAGACAUAGUUGUUGUACAUCACCUGUUGGCGCCAUUCCGCUUUCUGAUGCUGAUUUGGAUACGGCCCGAGAUCCACCUCUCCGAGUACCAGAUAUCAAUGCGGAGGACACCGGGUGUUUCAUCCUUGGCCCGGGUCAAAAUGGAAAAUUUGUGCUUGCGGAGAGCAUUGGACAAUGGGAUGCGAGAUGGGGCUGAUUUCAUUAUACAAUGUAGUCAAAUUCAUACAGAGAAUCGAUCGUAAAGAUGUGAUACAAUG